GCGUCUGUUUCGUUUUAUGUUUGCAAAACUAUGCACGUUUACGUGCAUGCAUUCCUUAUCAGUCUGUAAACUCUGUGAAGUUCUAGGUCUCAAAUCACACGGUCGAAUAUCUCGGCUGGUUGGAUUAAUCGAUCGAUCCUCAUAAUAUAUCAUAUUAUAUUAUGUUCUUCUGAUGAGCUAAGAUAGCACUUUGUUAUUGUUUUUUUAUUGAUUAUGUUUUGAAUCAUUUUAUUUCAUCUUCAUUUCACAUCUACUGAUUUUUAUUAUUACCUUUUUAAUAUUUCAAAUUUUUCUUUUAUUCUUUAAACAGUCUUUUUAAAAUUUACCAAUUUAUUCCAUUCAUUAAUUUUUCUUUCUUUUUUUUUCUUUCUUUUCUCUUGUUUUAUCCUUCAAUGUUUUCUCAUGAAGCUUUAUCAGUUUCGAAUUUUUACUGGGGUACACAUUUAGGUCAUCACCGGAAAAUUUUCGUUUUUUUUACUACCUUACCUUUCUAGGACUUCAUUCUGUAAACCUUUCUUCCUUAUUUAACAACUUCGACAGUUUUAACACAAAAUAUCUCACCAAAAAUACCAAAGAAGACCAAACAUUACUGAAGAAUUUCUUAAAAUAAGGAAAACAGGCUGAAAAACCUAUAACAACAUCACUUCUACUUUCUCAUUUCAAACAAACGGCGGUCUGAGAGAGAGAGAGAAGAAAAGUUCGAUUGAAAUCGUAUUUUCGUUUAAUCGCAAACUGUAAUUUCCUUGUCCACACCUUACUCGUGGGUUUAUAAGAACACUACAGCCAUGUAUAUUGUAGGCUUAACAGGUGGUAUAGCCUCAGGAAAGACGACUGUCACUGACAUGUUGAGGAAUCUUCGUUGUAAUGUCAUAGACGCUGAAGAAAUUGCCAACCAAAGUAAGUCCUCCACCCUAAAACUAUAUACACCUUCCAAACAACUCUUGUCAAACACCCACAUAUAUUUCUUUUUCAUUAAUUACUUUCUCUUUGAUAUAAAGAAUUUAUUUUACGGGACACUGUUUAAAGAUAUUCAUUAUUAUUAUUAUUAUAUAGUAUAUCAAGGACUACAUACAAUUUCCAGUGCAUCCUUUAUAUUUUUCAUGAUGCUCAAGGUGUCAUGCAGUGAGACUGAACCCAGAACCAUGUCAUUGCUAAGUAAGUUUCUUAACCACAUGGCCAUACCUAAACCUGUAUGUUACUUUUGUAAUAUUUCUUCCUUGUUUCUGCAAUCUAAGAAUUUCUUUGAAUGUCUCCUUUUUAUUCCAGGUCAUCAAUUUGUUAUAAUUAACAUUCCAUUGUUAUAUGAAAAUAAGAUGAUGAUAUCCUACAUGAAAUACACAAUUGUCGUUAACUGCACUGAAAACCAGCAGAUUGAACGGCUCCUGAAACAAGGCGACAUUACAGAAAUGGAAGCCAUGUCUCGGAUUAAGAUUCAGAUGAACUUAUUCAAAAAAAGUGAUCUAGCCACAUUCAUCGUUGACAAUAGCAGCAGUCGUGAGUACACACAGGAACAAGUGGAGCGUAUUGUCCGUCUGUUACGUGCCUCGAAAGCCCAGUGGAAGUCGCGUUCAAUUUUCCUCCUUGGCUUUGUUUCCCUGUCUGUGGCAGCAGCUGCUGUUUACUACACUAAGUUUAAGUAACACUAAUUCCAGCUGCUAGUCUUAAGGGAAAGGGCAGGGUCUGGGAUUCUCUUUGUUUGCGGUGUGGAGCAUCUAAAAAUUUUCUUCCUUUUUUUUUUUUUUUUUUUUUUUAGCAAAGUACCUGUUAUUAGUUAUUUCAAUAAUAGGUUUUGAUGAAACCUAAGGUAGUGUUAAAUAAAGCUAACAUUGUUUCCCUAAUCUCUUUUUAUUAAUUAAUUAAUAAAUUAACUACAUUUCCAGAA